UCAGCCUUGCAACCUACCAAACAUAGAUUUCUCACCACUCAUUACAUUCUUCCAUUUUCAAUUUCAAAAAUGGAUGGAACAGAAAAGCAGAAGCAAUCACUGAGUCAGCUCAUAACUCAGUUCCAGAGAAAACCGAGUCUGUUUCUUCUCUCAGUUCCAGUUGUUUCCUUGUUUCUAUCUCAUCCAUAUUGGUUUCCUUUCCUCUACUCCUUUAACUCCACCUUACAUGAUACACUUGCUUUCAAGCUCUUUAGCCAUAGUAUAGAUAAGAACAUCGUAUUCCUUCUUUGCAAUGGACUCCUUGUUUUCCUUGUAAAAUACCCUGGAGUCACUUCUUCAUCAAAGCAUGAUCUUAGUGAAUGCGUUCCUCGAACUCACCCAACUCGUUUGCAGCCCGAAACACCAUUGUUGGAGAAGGAAGGUGCCUUGGAAAACAGUUCAGUGAAGGAAGGAAAACAAGAAGAAGAAGAAGAAAAUGCUGGUUUUCUCGAAGAAGAUAAAGAAGAUCAGUUAAACUGGUCAAUUGAAGAAGAAGAAGAAAAAGAAGAACUAAUGGAAGGAAAUAAAGCGUUGAGUACUGAAGAACUGAACAAAAAGUUCGAUGAAUUUAUUAGAAAGAUGAAGGAAGAAUUAAGGAUCGAAGCUCGACAACAAUUAGUCAUGGUUUAAUCAUCAUCUUGAAAUCAUUAUGGAGAAUCAAAAUCUCCAUAAUGUUCAUAUAGCUUCCAUAUUUGUAAAAUCUUUAGUAUAUCUCCCCCCCCCCCUCCUCUUUUUCUCCUAUAGACUAUAGUUUUAUACAUAAUCGGCAGUAAUGGUAGUUUUAAUAGUCUAGACCUGUCAUCAAUUGAAGGGAAGAUGGUUGGCUUUGGA